UCCGCCUCCAGCUUACAAGAUCUAAUGAGCUCCCCCGGGAGGUUGAGCCUCGAGCCCCGGCCCGAGCGAGCAGACAGCGCCGCGCCUGGGCAGGAGCCGGCCGGGAGCGGACGGGCCGCGCUGCGGACCAAACCGCGGCGAUGGCGGUGCAGGCUGCGCUGCUUAGCUCGCACCCCUUCAUACCCUUCGGUUUCGGAGGUUCCGCGGAAGGGCUGGUGAGCGCCUUCGGAAGUUUGGACAAGGGCUGCUGUUUCGAGGACGAUGAGAGCGGGGCGCCCGCGGGAGCGCUGCUGUCGGCAUCAGAGGGCGGGGACGUCCGCGAGGCUACCCGCGACCUGCUCAGCUUCAUAGACUCGGCGUCCAGCAACAUCAAGCUGGCUCUGGACAAGCCAGGCAAGUCCAAGAGGAAGGUGAACCACCGCAAGUACCUGCAGAAGCAGAUCAAGCGCUGCAGCGGCCUCAUGGGCACCGCGCCUACGGGACCACCAUCCCCGAGCGCGCCAGACGCUCCAGCUAAGCGGCCACCGGGCGCCCCGGGAGCCCCAACCGUCGCCGCCCCGGCGCACUGCAAGGCCACACCGAGGAGGGAGGCGACACAGGCCGCGGCUGCUGCCAGCCUGCAGAGUCGGAGCCUGGCUGCCCUUUUUGAUUCUCUCCCGGGCACCAGGAAGGUUCCUCUGCGCGCCCGCAACCUGCCCCCGUCCUUCUUCACUGAGCCGUCCCGGGUGUGUGGCAGCGGCGGCGGCAGCGGUGGCAGCGGCUGCGGCUGCGGUCCCUCGGGCCAGGGAGUGAGCCUGGGUGACCUAGAGAAAGGGGCGGAGGCCGUCGAGUUCUUCGAGUUGCUGGCGCCGGACUUCUGCGCUGGUAACGAGUCGGGGGUCUUGCUGGCCGCGGAGCCUCUGGACGCGUUCCCAGCUGGAGCUACAGUCCUACGGGGCCCCUUGGAGCUGGAGUCGGGCUCCUUUGAGCCACCAGCGAUGGUAGGGAACCUACUCUAUCCUGAGCCGUGGAGCGCCCCGAGCUGUCCUCAGACCAAGAAGCCUCCUCUGGCUGGCGUUCGCGGAGGCCUGACCUUGAACGAGCCUGUGCGCCUCCUGUACCCCACCGCCUUGGACUCUCCAGGUGGGGAAGACACACCAGCUUUGGCCUCUUUUCCUCCCUUCUUCCCAGAUUGCGCGCUGCCGCCGCCCCAUCAGGUGUCCUACGAUUACAGUGCGGGUUACAGCCGCGCGGUUUACCCCAAUCUCUGGAGACCCGACGGGGCCUGGGAAGGGGCGUCUGGGGAAGACGGGGCGCAUCCAGACUGACUGUGAGGUACCCUUCGUUUCCCUUAUGACUGCUGUGUGGGUAUCUCCUGAGUGGAGAGAAGAUGUGAAAACAUUAAGUGAAGACAAAUGGAAUUUAAGACUACAACAAAACAAACCACAAUUCAUCUAAUAAAAGAAACUUUAAGACAA